CGCUGCGAACUGACUCUGUUCUAUAAGCAAGCUAGCAGCCAACCUGCCAACACUCACUGACACUCACUCAUCUCAGACUGCGAGAUACACCAAAUACCUACCGGGAAAACGAAGAGAACUCAACUACAAUUCCUUAAUUUCUAUUGCUUUUUUCUUUUUUUCUGUUUUCUACAGUAAUAAUAAAACAAGAUAGCGCACCGGAGGCUGAACAGGAGAGACGCGGAGUGAAAACGGGCAUAAAAAGAUUCAUCCUUUCUUGAACAUCAUCACCAACCAUCAUUCAUUCAUUACCUUGACAACCCUUGGCUUUGAUUGACAGCUGGAGUGGCAAAAAGCCAUGAGACACGACAGUUUAGUUACAUGCAGGUUGUUGAUGGGCCGAUUGUAACGUUCAGUUUGGUGCUUGACAUUUUUUUUUUCUUUUUUGGACAAAGAAGAAAACAAGAAACAUUGCAAAACUCCUGCUGAUGUCUGUGCUUGAACCGAAUCAUAUUGGAGAAUAGGAGAAUUCACCAAGUUGGUUGAAAAAGGAGUCUUACCACUAAAUCACUUUCUUACCAGACUGGGAUAUUAAAUAUACGACAUAUCCAGGAGUUUAUUGGAGGGCAGCCUGAUGGCGCAAAGGUACGAUGAACUAGCCCACUAUGGGGGCAUGGACGGAGUUGGAGUUCCGGCAUCUAUGUACGGGGAUCCGCAUGCUCCUCGGCCGCUUCCCCAAGUACACCACUUGAAUCACGGACCGCCGCUUCACGCUAGCCAGCACUACGGAGCACAUGCUCCCCAUCCUAACGUUAUGCCCACCAGCAUGGGCUCAGCUGUCAAUGAUGUUUUAAAGAGAGAUAAAGAUCAAAUUUAUGGUCAUCCCUUAUUCCCUUUGCUCGCGCUGGUGUUUGAGAAGUGCGAGUUGGCGACUUGCACUCCCCGGGAGCCCGGGGUUGCAGGCGGCGAUGUCUGCUCUUCCGACUCCUUCAAUGAGGACAUCGCAGUCUUUGCCAAACAGGUUCGUGCAGAAAAACCUUUAUUUUCUUCAAAUCCAGAGUUGGACAAUUUGAUGAUACAAGCCAUACAAGUAUUACGAUUUCACCUUUUGGAAUUAGAGAAGGUUCACGAGCUCUGCGACAAUUUUUGCCACCGGUACAUAAGUUGUUUGAAAGGAAAAAUGCCAAUAGAUCUAGUCAUUGACGAACGGGAUGGUAGUUCAAAGUCGGACCACGAAGAACUUUCGGGAUCUUCAACUAACUUAGCUGAUCAUAAUCCAGCUUCUUGGAGAGAUCACGAUGAUGCCACUUCCACACAUUCGGCUGGCACGCCUGGGCCCUCCAGUGGUGGGCACGCCUCACAGAGUGGAGACAACAGCAGUGAACAAGGAGAUGGCUUAGACAACAGCGUGGCCUCACCAGGCACAGGAGACGAUGACGACCCAGACAAGGACAAAAAACGGCAGAAAAAACGAGGCAUUUUCCCCAAAGUCGCUACCAACAUCAUGCGGGCGUGGCUCUUCCAGCACCUCACACACCCAUAUCCUUCAGAAGAACAGAAAAAGCAGCUAGCUCAGGACACAGGCCUCACCAUCUUACAAGUAAACAACUGGUUCAUCAAUGCCAGGAGAAGAAUAGUACAGCCUAUGAUUGACCAGUCAAAUCGAGCAGGUUUUCUUCUUGAUCCUUCAGUGAGCCAGGGAGCAGCAUACAGUCCAGAGGGACAGCCAAUGGGCAGCUUUGUGCUGGACGGCCAGCAGCACAUGGGAAUUCGGCCGGCAGGAUUGCAAGGCAUGCCAGGGGAGUACGUACCUCAGAGUGGUCCAAUGGGCAUAAGCAUGACACCGCCAAGUUACCCCCCACCUCAGAUGUCCCCUCACCUCUCUCAGCUACGACCCGGACCCCCCUUGUUGCAUCCAUACCUACCCAACCACCACUCCCCCCACCCUCAUCCCCACCCCCAUUCCCACCACCAUCAUCAUCAUCAUCACCAUCAUCACCACCCAGCCACGCUGAUGCACGGAGGAACCCCCACCCAUCCAGGAAUGGCCAUGUCUGCACCGAGCCCCCCUGUUCUGACGCCCCCUGACCAUAGCACUGGUGGACAAGGCCUGGACAUCCAUGCCCAAUAGUAGUCCAAAAGGGAACCUGACACCAAGAGUAAAGCAAGAAAAAACAAACAAACAGCCCCAGCAAAGCUAUUUUGCAACUAUUUUUAAGAAAAUUAAAAAGGCGAACCGUUUUGACCAGAAUUAGACACUUAAAAAAAUGGAAUUCCACGUGAGCUGUGAUCCUUUUUUUUAAAAAAAGAAAAAAAAAUCUUGUCAAUUUUGUUACUUUCAUGGACGGAGGACCAAGCUGACAAGAACAGUUUGUAAAGUCUUGAGCUUUUGUUAAAGAUCAACUGAAGAUAUUUCCACUUCUCACACACAAACACAUGCACGCACGCACGCACGCACACACACACACACACACACACACACACAGAAAAACACACUCACACAGAUAAACACACCCACAGUGAACAUGCUGUCAAAUGACAAUUUUAAAGAAUUCACUCUGGAAGAUUAAAAAAAAUAAUAAAAAAAAAAAUAAAAAUAAAAAAAUUUAAAAAU